CGGAAAAAUUGAACAUGGCGGAGUCGAACCCUAUUCUCGUGGGGCUUUUCAGUGCAAUUUCAGUCGGUCUUUUCGGGAUCAUUUUCCUCGUGUACAAAUUAAGAAUCUUGCAUAGGUACAUUUACAAGCUGGAUGAAAACAGUAACAGAAAUGGUGGAGAAUUAGUUGGUGAAGUUCUAAAGGCUCAUGGUGUCAAAUAUGUUUUUACACUCUGUGGUGGCCACAUCUCGCCAAUUUUAGUCUCAUGUCAAAAUCUAGGAAUCCGUGUUGUUGACACACGGCAUGAGGUGACAGCUGUGUUUGCAGCAGAUGCAGUUGCCAGGUUAUCAGGAGUUGUUGGUGUGGCUGCUGUUACUGCUGGUCCAGGUCUAACAAAUACAGUGACAGCUGUGAAGAAUGCUCAAAUGGCAGAGUCUCCUGUGCUGUUGUUAGGUGGAGCUGCUGCUACACUUCUAAAGGGACGUGGAGCUCUACAGGACAUUGAUCAGAUGAGUUUGUUCAAGUCUUUGUGCAAGUACUGUGCUACAGUUACAAGGGUAGCAGACAUUGUUCCAAUUCUACAAAAAGCCAUUCAGAUUGCACAGUCUGGAACACCUGGUCCUGUGUUUGUGGAGUUCCCCAUUGACACCCUGUAUCCCUAUCCUAUAGUCAAGAAAGAGUCUGGACUCAAGGAAGAAGUCAGUGGAUUUUCUCAGCGCUUAGUUAAUUGGUAUAUAUCUAACCACCUUCAUGGCUUGUUCGCUGGAGCCUGGGACCCACAACCAAAAGAUCCAUUACCUGUUGAUAUACCAAUGCCUAUUAAGUCACAGGUUGAUGAAUGUGUGAGACUGGUUUCUAAGUCUACUAGACCAGUGAUCAUCCUAGGAAGUCAGUCUACAUUGCCUCCAGUCCCAGCUGACAAACUAAGGAAAGCUUUGGAGGAAUUGGGUAUCCCAUGUUUCCUAGGAGGCAUGGCCCGUGGUCUGUUGGGAAGAAAUAGCAAUCUCCAUAUAAGGCAAAGGAGGAGAGAUGCUUUAAAAGAGGCUGAUCUUGUUAUUUUAGCAGGUACAGUGUGUGACUUUAGGUUGUCAUAUGGUAGAGUUUUGAACAGGAAGUCCAAAAUAAUUGCUGUGAAUAGAAACAAGAGUCAACUUUUUAAGAAUUCAGACAUGUUUUGGAAGCCCUCAGUUGCUGUUCAAGGUGAUCCUGCUACCUUGAUGAUUGAACUUUCUAAGGGCCUCAAAGGCUACAUCUGUCCAACUGAUUGGUUGGAAAAACUGAAGGAAAGAGACAUUGAUAAAGAGAAAGCAAACAGUCUGAAGUCACAGGAAUCUCUAAAGCAGCAAUUGAACCCACUGAAGCUGUUGUUCAAUCUGGAGCACAUUAUGUCCAAUGACAGUAUCAUUGUAGCUGAUGGAGGUGACUUUGUAGGCUCUGCUGCUUACAUCCUGAGGCCACGAGGUCCAUUGACGUGGCUGGAUCCAGGUGCGUUUGGGACUCUUGGGGUGGGUGGUGGCUUUGCCCUGGGGGCCAAGCUCUGCCGCCCAGAUUCAGAGGUCUGGAUUAUUUAUGGAGAUGGUUCUCUGGGUUACAGUGUAGCAGAGUUUGAUACUUUUACAAGGCACAAGACUCCUGUCAUUGCCCUGGUUGGUAAUGAUGCAUGUUGGUCACAGAUUGCUCGAGAGCAAGUACCAAUGUUUGGUUCGAGUAUAGGAUGUGACCUGGAGUUCACAGACUAUCACAAAGUAGCUGAGGGAUAUGGAGGAAAAGGGUUUCUUCUCAGUAAUCCAUCCACUGAAGAGAUUGACAAAACACUCUCCCAAGCACAAGAAGUAGCCAGGGAUGGCACUGCUGUACUGAUUAAUGCUCUGAUUGGGAAAACUGACUUCAGAGAGGGAUCCAUUUCAGUAUGACAUAUUUCACUGUCUUCUGGACAAUUUUACAUGAGAAGUAGUUAUCUAAUUAGACAAAAAAAUUAGAUCUUAGUUGAGCUUUAGAUUGUACUUUGUAGUGAUUAAGGGGUUUUGUAACACGUGGGAUGUUAAGAGAACAAGAGAAAAACUUAUAAACCUCUUCAUUAAGAGUUUCACCGACAUCUCAAUUAGAUUAUUAGACACAUUAACAAACAGAAAAUGUGGUCUAUUGCUUUCAAAAAAUAGCUUUGGGUCUAUCAGUCAAAUAGAUGAUAGUUUUUUGAGCAAUCAGAGUGGGCACAGUCUCAGCUAAUUAACAAUAACAGUUGAAGAUAGAAGAAAUAUUCACAAAUAGUCGUUCUUGCACAUAUUUAAUUUAGUACUUAAAUAAUUCAGUAUAAAAUUUUUAUUUAGUAGUCAAGAAUAAUCUUUUUCUGGACAAUGAAUUUAGUUUGGUUUCAAAAAGUGGUUGGUCAAGUUACUGAAACAGAAGUGACAGAAUUUUCGAC